AGAAAAAGAAACUUUGCAUGAGCUCACAAGCAGGAAAUGAUCACACACUGAGAAGCUGUGGUUAUGAAGCAGAGGGGGAAACCAGCAGUGAGAAGGAGUCUCCACAGGUCCAGUCACCCUGGUCGGAGUCAAUAAGUCAGCUAAUGAGGAAACUAGACCAACUUAAUCUGGACAUAGAGGAGGCUCUGAGUGCAAGUUCGUCCCCCUCAGACACACCCUGCACCACCCGCAAGAAAAAGUGGGGUGGUGCGCUUCCAAAGUCCACGUUAAACCGAACCCUGAACGACCAAGUUCUCCAUAGAACAGAAAGAGAAGAAUGCCAGAACAGAGACUGGUCUUCUACACCUCGCAGCUCCUCAAUGGGAACCAGAGCAAGAACUAAGAAGACGAUGUUCAGUAAGGUGACCGAUGCAGCAGGUGCAGAAAUUGAGGCGAAAGAGGCGUGUGAUUGGCUGCGGGCAGCAGGAUUUCCCCAGUAUGCUCAGCUCUUUGAAGAUUCACAGUUUCCCAUUGACAUUACUCCUGUGAAAAGAGAUCAUGAUUUUUUGGACAAAGAUCUUGUGGAACCUCUGUGCAGGCGACUCCACACUUUAAAUAAGUGUGCCUCUAUGAAACUUGACGUGAAUCUUCCAAAGAAGAAAAGUGAAGACUCUGAUGAAGACGAUCUGUUUGCUAUUAGUGACAAAUGGACCUUUGAGUGGAGCAGCCGGCGUUGGUCCAGGUUACAGGACAUUCAUUACAGUCUGCUGGGAAAUCACAGAGAGGGUGAGCUCUCCAGAGAUGGUGUGCCUCUGAGAACUACCACCAGCAGCGAGAGUGUUCUGACAGACCUCAGCGAGCCAGAGGUCUCUUCUUUGCACAGCGAGAGCAGCGGAGGCAGCGGUCAUCAGGGCCUCAGCACAGAGGACUCUGACUGUUCCAACCGCACCUGCUCAGACACUGCAGCAAUGCCAGACUCGACUUCUCUCACAAUGCCUCACAUCCCCAAAGAAUUUGCUCACUUCAAUUCACCAUCUGACAAGCACAGCAAAACAACCCACUCUCGUGCCAAGGAGUUACUAAAGCGUAUGGAUACACUGAGCUCCCGAGGUACUCUGGGAAAAGGCCAUAAGACGCUGGUAAUCAGCUCUCCUGUGCUGCAGCAGGAGGCCCAGGCCCUGAAGAAUUUGAGGUGUGAAGACAUAAUAAAUGGAGAUGGUGGAGCUCUGGAACCACCAUGCAAUAAAGUUCUGCCGUCCCACUCCAGUAGUGAGGGUAGCAGCCAUUCUGGUGGCAGCACUGUCAGCACACCCAGCCUAAAAGAGCGUAAGCCUCACCGUGUUGACCAUAAACGCAGUGGCAUGUAUUUGGAGGACAUGGACAUCUUCUCAGGAUCCCAAAUGAAUAAAGUUGCAGAACAAAAUCGUAGAAAUGAAUUUUGCUCUUAUGAAAACCUCGUGGUCCACAUUCCCAAAGACCACAAGCCAGGAACCUUCCCCAAAGCAUUGUCCAUAGAGAGCCUGUCCCCAACUGGUGGCGCCUCAAUUAACUGGCACACUGGCAGCAUGCACCUGGACUCCCCUUUAAUUUCAUGCAGAAAGGAAACACGGCCUGCCACCCAGUCCUCUUCCAGAGGUAGCCGCAUCAGUGUGUACGAUAAUGUUCCUGGCUCGCAUCUGUAUGCCAGCACUGGAGACCUGAUAGACCUGGAGAAAGAGGAUCUGUUUCCACACCUGGAUGAUAUCUUACUGCAUGUCAAUGGUCUACAACAGAUAGUGGACCACUGGUCAAAAAAUGUGUUACCUGGAGGCGAGGGGAUAGUACAGAUCGAUGAUGGGAAGGAUGAUACAGCAGGGCUUCAGUCCUCUAGUCAGAUUACAUUGGACUUUGAGGGAAAUUCUGUCACGGAAAGCCAGAUCGUGCCUAGUGAUGGAGACAGAGACAAAGUAUCACUUACAGAGACAGAAUCUACAAGGCUCAGGGAAAGGAGGGACUCCGGUGUGGGUGCAUCACUCACAAGACCUAAUAGGUUAAGAUGGCCCAGCUUUCAGAUAUCUAAUCGUCUAAGUCACUCAAGAGCAUCCCUGCAGAUUACAAACCAAUCAGCAGGCCAGCUGAGUUUGUUACAAAAGUUUUCACUGUUGCGUUUGACUGCAAUCAUGGAGAAGUAUUCCCUGACCAAUAAACAUGGCUGGACUUGGUCUGUGCCAAAAUUUAUGAAGAGAAUGAAGGUACCAGAUUAUAAGGAUAAGAAUGUGUUUGGAGUUCCUCUCAUUGUGCAUGUGCAGCGUUCAGGACAGCCCUUGCCCCUCGGCCUGCAGCAGGCCCUGCGGUACUUGAGGAGUCAGUGUCUUGACCAGGUGGGUCUUUUUCGUAAAUCAGGCGUGAAGUCUCGAAUCCAAGCUCUGAGGCAGAUGAAUGAAAGUUCUCCAGAAAAUGUAAAUUAUGAGGAUCAGUCUGCCUAUGAUGUGGCUGAUAUGGUGAAGCAAUUCUUCAGGGAUUUACCUGAGCCCCUACUCACCAGCAAGCUGGGAGAGACCUUCCUCCAUAUUUACCAGUAUGUACCAAAGGACCAAAGAUUGCAAGCUGUCCAGGCCGCCAUCAUGUUGAUGUCUGAUGAAAAUCGAGAGGUACUGCAGACGCUGCUCUGUUUCCUUAGUGAUGUCACUUCCUCUGUGGCGGAGAACCAGAUGACACCUAUGAAUAUUGCUGUGUGCCUGGCUCCGUCCCUCUUCCAUCUCAACAAAAUGAAGAAGGACAAUCUUUCACCAAGAGCCAUGCAUAAGAAGUAUGCUACUGGCAGACCAGACCAGAAGGAUCUGAAUGAGAAUUUAGCAGCGGCACAGGGCCUCGCUCACAUGAUCAUAGAGUGCAACCGCCUCUUUGAGAUCCCUCAUGAGAUGGUUACUCAGUCGCGUAAUUCCUACGUGGAGGCUGAUUUGCAUGCACCAACAAUUGACGAGCUGUGCAAGCAGUCGGAAGAUGAGGAUGGAACAUACCAAACACUUUUGGAGGGGAGACUUCAGAACCUGCUCAAAGAGGCCCGGGAAAAAUCCAAAUACUGGGUGUCGUGCAGCAGCUCUGAUAACACAGAGCUCUAUUAUAAGAAGGUGGGAGAUGGCAACCCUUUGAGACGUUGGAAAGUGUCUGUCGAGGUGGAAGCACCGCCAUCUGUGGUGUUGAACCGGGUGCUGCGAGAGCGCCACCUGUGGGAUAUGGACCUCCUUCAGUGGAAAGUGUGCGAGACACUGGACAGGCAAACAGAAGUGUUUCAGUAUGUCCUGAGUCGUAUGCCCCCUCAUCCCAGCAGGGACUUUUUAGUUCUUAGGUCAUGGAGGACAGACUUGCCCAAAGGUGCUUGCUCCCUGGUUUCUGUGUCUAUAGAGCAUGAAGACUGUCCUCCUUUAGGAGGGAUAAGGGCUAUAGUCCUGGAGUCUAACUACCUAUUAGAGCCCUGUGGCUCAGGAAAGUCCAGACUAACUCACAUCUGCAGAGUGGACAUGAAGGGAAGGACUCCAGACUGGUACAACAAAGCCUUCGGCCACCUUUGUGCUGCAGAAGCUGCCCGAAUCCGCAACUCCUUUCAGCCACUAAUCACAGAUGGCCCAGAGACCAAAAUCUGAAAUUCUUUGCUGCUUGUGUCUGCUCAGCCUUGAGAUCAACAUUGAGCCUUUGAGUCAUUGCUAACAGCCGCAAAAAGCAGAGACAGGGCUCCAGAACGAAAGCACAGUUUAUUGUUUGUUUGUCUGAAUGCAAAAUGCUCUGAAAAUAACUUAUGGCUCCUCUGAAAUUGCACAAUUUUAAAAGAGGACAUCUUAUAGGUGCUGAGCAUAAUUCUUCAUUGGGAAAUUAAUUAUCCUGCCAAUAUCAUUGACAUUUAUGACUAUUUUAUUUACCUUCAUGUUUCUAAAACUGUAUGUUAUAAUAAUUAUCUUUAAUAAUAUUAUUGUAUUAUUGUUUCUACAAUGUCUAGGACAUUCAAGCUCUGAAAUGCUUCUGGGAAGCAUAUAUUUGUUUGUUUCAGAUUUAAAGCUAUAAUUAUUAUGAUGUACACUCAAGUGUAUAUAUGUGUGUCUGUGUGUGAAUAUACUGUAAAUUAAAUAGAAUGUAUAUUUUGUAUAUAUGUAUAUAUAUAUAUACAUAUAUAUAUAUGAAGGGGUAAUGAGUACAUAUGUUAAUUUUCCAUAUAUUAAUUCAUUUUUCUGUGUGAACCGUUCUGUCAAACACAUGGUACAAAAUUGUAAGCUGGUUUUACUUUGCUCCUUUAUUGCCAUUUUGAAAUGGGUGUAACUGUAAUAAACGUUGACCUUCAGUGGUUGUGAAGAAGGUGACUUAAGGUUUGACUUGAUCAUACCUGCUUUAGGGUACUGGAUUGUGCAGUCAGGUCCAAAAAUGUCUUUUUUUUUAAAAAUAAA